UGCGGCGCUGACAGAGACGCGCGCGCGCGAUCCAGCUCGGACCCCGGGCCCCUGCAGCUAUCACCGCCGCCCGCCCUAGUCGCCCCUCAGCCACUUCUCCUCGCCAUGGAGGCGAGGCCGCCGCCGCCGCCGCGGGGCUCCAAGCCGCGGGCCGGGCGGCGGCCCUGAAGGCGUGUGGCGGGCCGAGACGCCGCCGCGCAGCCGAGGCGGAGCCGCGGUCCUCGUCCCCAGCGGUCCCGCCCAGCGCCGGACUCGUUGCAGGUGACAAACUAAAAAAAAAGUAUUUAUGGAAUUCCAGUGAGUGGGGAUGGAUGAUGCAUCUCAAAUAAUUAAGGUCAGCAUGGAUUCCUGGAUCAUUCUUACUCUGCUUGUCAGUAGUCUGAUACAUGUCAGUGCCAACAAUGCAACCACAGCUUCACCUACAAGAUCUAAUGAAGCAUUGGUAGCAGAGUCAGUAAAAGAAGAGAUCAAAACUUCAAAUCCUACUUCUUCAGUAACUUUUCCUGUGACACCAACUUUCAGCCCAAAUCUAACUCUGGGACCCACCUAUGUAACCACUGUCAAUACUUCAGAUUCUGAGAAUGGGACCACAAGAAUAGCAAGCACCAAUUUUGUAGUUACUACAAUUUCGCCAAAUGGAACAUGGCUUCCAGAUAACCCGUUCACAGAUGUCAGAACAGAAUCUUCGGAAGGAAAUUCCAGCACUGCAGCAACCACUCCAGAAACUUUCCCUCCUUCAGGUAAUUCUGACACGAAGGACAGAAGAGAUGAAACACCAAUUAUUGCAGUGAUGGUGGCCCUGUCCUCUCUGCUAGUGAUCGUCUUUAUUAUCAUAGUUCUGUACAUGUUAAGGUUUAAGAAAUACAAGCAAGCUGGGAGUCAUUCCAAUUCUUUCCGCUUAUCCAAUGGCCGCACUGAGGAUGUGGAACCCCAGAGUGUGCCACUUCUGGCCAGGUCUCCAAGCACCAACAGGAAGUAUCCACCUCUGCCCGUAGACAAGCUGGAAGAGGAGAUUAACCGGAGAAUGGCCGAUGACAACAAACUCUUCAGAGAGGAAUUCAACGCUCUCCCUGCUUGUCCUAUCCAGGCCACCUGUGAAGCUGCCUCCAAGGAGGAAAAUAAGGAAAAAAAUCGAUAUGUAAACAUCUUGCCUUAUGAUCACUCUAGAGUCCAUCUGACACCAGUUGAAGGAGUUCCAGAUUCUGAUUACAUCAAUGCUUCAUUCAUCAAUGGCUACCAAGAAAAGAACAAAUUCAUUGCUGCUCAAGGACCAAAAGAAGAAACGGUAAAUGAUUUUUGGAGGAUGAUCUGGGAACAAAACACAGCCACCAUUGUCAUGGUGACCAACCUGAAGGAGAGAAAAGAGUGUAAGUGUGCCCAGUACUGGCCAGAUCAAGGCUGCUGGACCUAUGGGAAUAUCCGUGUGUCCGUAGAAGAUGUGACCGUACUGGUGGACUACACAGUGCGAAAGUUCUGCAUUCAGCAGGUGGGCGACAUGACCAACAGAAAGCCACAGCGCCUCAUCACUCAGUUCCACUUUACCAGCUGGCCAGACUUUGGGGUGCCUUUCACCCCCAUCGGUAUGCUCAAGUUUCUUAAGAAGGUGAAGGCCUGUAACCCUCAAUAUGCAGGGGCCAUCGUAGUCCAUUGCAGUGCGGGUGUAGGGCGGACAGGUACCUUUGUUGUCAUCGAUGCCAUGCUGGACAUGAUGCAUACAGAGCGGAAGGUGGACGUGUAUGGCUUUGUGAGCCGGAUCCGGGCACAGCGCUGCCAGAUGGUGCAAACAGAUAUGCAGUACGUCUUCAUAUACCAAGCCCUUCUGGAGCAUUAUCUCUAUGGAGAUACAGAACUGGAAGUGACCUCUCUAGAAACACAUCUGCAGAAAAUUUACAACAAAAUCCCAGGGACCAGCAACAAUGGAUUAGAGGAGGAGUUUAAGAAAUUAACAUCAAUCAAAAUCCAGAAUGACAAGAUGCGGACUGGAAACCUUCCAGCCAACAUGAAGAAGAACCGGGUUUUACAGAUCAUUCCAUAUGAGUUCAACAGAGUGAUCAUUCCAGUUAAGAGGGGUGAGGAGAACACAGACUACGUGAACGCAUCCUUCAUUGACGGCUACCGGCAGAAGGACUCCUACAUCGCCAGCCAGGGCCCUCUUCUCCACACAAUUGAGGACUUCUGGCGAAUGAUCUGGGAGUGGAAAUCCUGCUCUAUCGUGAUGCUGACAGAACUGGAGGAGAGAGGCCAGGAGAAGUGUGCCCAAUACUGGCCCUCAGAUGGACUGGUGUCCUAUGGAGACAUCACAGUGGAGCUGAAGAAGGAGGAGGAAUGUGAGAGCUACACCGUCAGAGACCUCCUGGUCACCAACACCAGGGAGAACAAGAGCAGGCAGAUCCGGCAGUUCCACUUCCAUGGUUGGCCUGAAGUGGGCAUCCCCAGCGAUGGGAAGGGCAUGAUCAACAUCAUCGCAGCCGUGCAGAAGCAGCAGCAGCAGUCAGGGAACCACCCUAUCACCGUGCACUGCAGGAACAGUACGAGUUCUGCUACAAGGUGGUGCAGGAAUAUAUCGAUGCAUUCUCAGAUUAUGCCAACUUCAAGUAAGGUGAUGAGACCGUGGACAGGAGCAUUGCCUUUAAUAUUUUGUAAUAUUCUGUUUGUUAAUAUACCCAAAAUUGUGUAUAUAUCUUAUAACUGUUUUAGAAAUUGGUACAUAGGCUUCUAUUACUUAUUAGGUGGAAAUUUUAUAUGUAAAUGUGAUAGCACUGAUAUUCCUUUUUCCAAUGUUUUAUUGGGGAAUUAAAUAGUGUGAUGUUUGGACUGAUA